AUGCCCCAGAGCAUACUGCAGGACCCCCUGCUCCUGACUCGGUUGAAAUGGUCCGAAAUAGUCGACGUCUUGUGCUUAGAAGUUCUGGGCGAGACACGGCGUGACCCACUCUCCAUGCGGAGGGUGUCAGUUCCCGGCGACGAGGCCCUUUGCAUCACGCUAAGAAGACUAGCCUACCCAAACCGGCUGCGCGAUCUGGAACACCUUUUCGCCCGAGACAGCUCGACCAUAUCGUCAUUGACGAACGAAGUGCUCAGGCACAUUGAGGACAACUUCUUCCACCUUCUGGACGACGUUAAUAACCACACGUGGCUGAACCUGGACACCCUGGAAGAGUUCUCACAGGCCGUUCACGCGAAAGGUGCCCCGCUGACAAAUUGCUGGGCCUUCAUCGAUGGCACGGCGCAGCCAAUAUGCCGACCAACAAGGAACCAGAAAGUGUACUUCAGCGGCCACAAGAGAGUCCACGCCCUGAAGUACCAAGCUAUAAUGUGCCCAAAUGGCAUAAUCUGCCAGUUGGACGGAUCAUACCCCGGCAGCAAACACGAUUCAGGUAACUUUGGAAACAGCGCCGCGUAUACGAAGCUACAAAACCUCGUUCAAGGUCACGACUGCUGCAUCUACGGGGACCCUGCCUACCCGUUGCGGCCCCUUCUGCUCAAGCCCUAUGGCGGAGCUCUCCUGACUCCUGAACAAUUAGCUUUCAACAAAGCCAUGAGUAGUGUAUCGCAGUACUUCGGCCUUGAACCACCACAGCUUGAAGUUUACCUUGCCCACAAAUAG